AUGAUCGGAAAGAAACAUUUUCAGAGCAAUAACAGAGCAGACAUGGCACACAGCAAUGAACAGACUAAACUAAAACCUCAACUGCUUAAAUCAUCAAGUUUCGCAUGGGAUAGAGCCUUUUUCACUAGUGAUGGUGUUCUUGAUGAGGAUGAGUUGUCAAGCAUAAUUAAAGCAGAUGGGAACAAUGUCAAACACCAGUUACAACCACUUCAAGAGAUUAAAAAUCUCGAAGCUGAAUUGUUCCAAGAGAUGGAAGAAGCUUCAACCAAAAAAUUCAACAAGAUCAAAACAAAACCAACAACAUCAAGACACAAUUCUCCAUUGAGCAAUGUUAAAUCAUCAACAACCAUUACAAGAAACAGCACAAGAUCCAAAACUGGUAAAGCCAAAGCUGAUUCACCCUCUAAAUCUCAUCUUCCAUCUCACAUUUCUUCAAGAACAUCAUCACCUGGUAGUCCCAAUAGUCCAGGGUCACCAGGAUCAUCAUCUUCAACCUUUGCUCUCAAUCAAAGAUCAUCAAGAGGUAAUACCAGUGCUCCUCGUAGAUCCUCAUCAACCAAUGCAAGAAGAAAAGAUGAACAAAAACCUGGGCUAUCCAGCUCCACUUCAAGCACAUCACUCGCAUCAUCAUCAUUAUCAUCAACCUAUAAAGUCAACCAAAGGUCAAUAUCCACAGGUAGGGGUACUACCCUUCAACACAGGUCAUCAAACCGUGAUUCAUCCGCCAGCUCAUCUUUAAAAACACGUCCCACUAGUCAAACUCCAGAUCGUACCAUAAAACAGUCAACAACAUUGUACCCACGAACCAAGACUACACUCUUUGAGGAUCAUGGAAAAGAGAGAAAGAUUCAAGCAAAAAAGACAGGUGAAAGAAGUAGUAGUCCAGGACCUUCAAGAGUACAAACAAGUGGUAAAGAAAGAGAAAGAGUGUCGAGUAGUGUAUCAUUAAAAGGUGUGAGAAAUAUAUUUGUGGUGUCUCCUGAAAUUAUGGACAUAAAAGGGAAACUAAAUGCAUUGAAGAUGGAAAUCAAUAUGCAAAAGAGAGAGAAAUGCAAGGAAACCAAAAUGGUUCCUGUGAAGAUUGGUAAAAGUGAAUCAACUUCUUCUGGUAUAUUCAAGAACUCAUCCAGCAAAAUGAACAAUCAAGCAAGACGCACGUGAAAUAGUAGUAAAAUGAACAAUAAGCAUCAGACAUUGUUGUGUUAUUCUGUUGGUUAAUGAAUGCAUGGUUUUAACAACACUCAUGGCUUGUUUAUAUCAAAGAUACAUCAAUGGACGCAUCUCACU